UUAUAUCUACUGAUAGUCUUCUGUAUCAGCUACUGGCCCGUGUAGCUCGUAAUACAUAUUGUGGUGGAAAUCAUGCGUGACUGUCGUUGCUUGCCCGAUGUUCCUCAUCAAGGAAACGGCACCUCCUUGUCGCAACAAUCCAAGAACACCCCAUCACGGGUUGGACAACACAUGUCGGCAAGUGGUAUAGCUGAACACUUACUGUGGGAACUACAUUUGGCUCCUGCGUUUCGUUCCAUCGCUUCGUCAUAGUUGCAGCAGUCCAAUUCGACGCCAUCACCUGAGGGACAGCAAUCUCCCUCCAGCCCCAAACUGUCACAUGCCGCAUGCAACUUGCAGGAUGGAAGACAGCAAUCCAAGUAUUCGUUGUCUUCGGUGGGGCAGCAGCUGCCGGUGAGACCCAAAUCACUGCAGACAGGAUGGACAGAGCAGGCAGGCCCUGCAGGAGCCAUUUGUCGGUCGACAACAUCAUUCACAAAGUCGCCCCCACCGGUCCCCGCAUCAGAUGUGCCGCUACCUCCCGAUGUGCCUGUUGCGGUCGCGACAGCCGGGGAUACGACGUUCUUUUCCGGUGGCUCCACGAUGAAUGUAUACUCUGUCAAGCCUCGGAGAGUGUUUUGGGCAUUGGCUGCCCCAAUGCACAGGGCCAAGGCGGAAACCAACGUGUUGAUCUUCAUUAUUUUGCUGUGGAUGGGUGGAUGGAUGGCCUGACCAGAAAGACUUGGUAAGAACGAUGAACCAGACAAUCGCAAUAGACGCGAUAGAUUAAUUGUGAGGUUGGUGAGGCAAAACAUGCAUUCUUUUCCAUCACCUGCCUGAUCGGCUCUUGUCUAUCAUCUCGCUGGUACAAGUUGUUCCCGUGGCCAUUUCGUCGAGAGAUCGUUCUGUGGGUCCCUUCGAAAAUCCAAAAAUUAUAUCCCUCCCCCUAAUAAUGUGAGACCACACUAUUCGUUCGACCUGCAUCCUCUUUGCACCGCUCACCAGGAGCGUAUCUUAAGCAACGGAUGGUACUUAGAGAGGGCGUGCGUUUUGGCUAUUAGACGCCCCUCUUGGGUUUCCAAGUAAUCAAAUGCACAUGAUCUUUUUUGAUGAUGAUGCUGUGCAUCCAACCUCGAAGAAGCAGAUGAUGGGUAUGAUACAGUAAGCCAAGGCGAGGGCAAGGACUGAAGAUAGGAAGCUUUACCAAAAGGAAGACACUUCUUGUAGCACCAAUCAAGAUGGCCGAGACUUCUUCCGACGAGGAAAGCUACACGGUCCAAACACAAACGGAAGACGACAACAAUGUGUGGAAGGCUAGAAAUUCGAACAAUCAUAUAAUAGAUCUUGGGUUUUUAUCUCGAACAACAGAGGAAUCCGGUACGGGCACAGGCACUACCGGUACUGGAGACUGGCGAAUGCCUGGAAAGGACGAAGAAAUGGGUCCGUCGGAUACCGUUACCCCUCCCACAGAGCAAUACGAAGAUAUUAGCUCAUCCGAGGAUUAUACUACGCCACCGCUAGUUGAGCAUGAAAAUGAAGAUGUGGGUGUGGAAGUGGAGCAGUCAUUUCCAAAUGAGACUGAUCUCUCGCCAGCCAAAUUGGGACGCUCUUCCACGCGCAUUUUCAAUGUGGAAGAUCCCGACGCGGAUUUGCAGCGACAGGAUACCAAUGCCGACGAUGCUACCUAUGGUGAGAGAUCCGUGGUGGAAGACAUGCGCAUCACCAAAGUUGUAGACGAGCAAAACCAAGGAAAAUCUGGCGGUUGUUGUGGCUGUGGAAGUCGCAUAGCAAUCAUGAUUUGCCUACUUGCGAUCCUUGUCAUUGCUUUGUGCGUUGUCCUUGUGUUGACACUGACAGAUAUUUUGGGAACAGAAUCAAGCACAACCACCACCACCACCAAUGAUCGCGUAACCUCGACGGAACCACCCACAACAGUGGCGCCCACACCAACGCCCGUACUGGAACUACCCGAAGACACCUUGCAAGCAAUCCUAAAUGAUCCCACGGGUCCUCAGAAAAGGGCAAUGGACUGGUCACUGGUUGACAAGGAAGAGAACCCAGGUGCCUUCUCUAGCGAACGAUUGUUGCAGAGGUAUGUAUUGGCAACCUUUUACUACGCCACGCAGGGAGACGAUUGGUCGGAAAACAACGGUUGGUUGACUGGUGAACACGAGUGUAAAUGGUUUUCCAGCACACAACGUGAAGACUACGAAGGCAGUGACAGGCCUUGUGAUCCCAACAGUGACAUCAUUACCAACCUCGUUUUGAGCAACAACAACUUGACUGCCGAAGGAGGCCUUCCGACUGAGCUCUUCCUGUUGACUGAGCUCAGACUGCUGGAUCUUCAACACAACGGGAUUGCCGGAGCUCUUUCACCCGACAUUGCCAACUUGGGAUCACUGGAGCGUUUGAGACUUGCCAGGAAUCAAAUGACGGGCCGGUUGCCCAACCAACUCUGGUCCAUGCCAAGUCUUCAAAUUCUCAGUAUCUAUUCCAACAGCUUCUCGGGGAAACUACCCCCGGGCAUUGGCAGUGCCACCAACCUGGGCCAAAUCUGGAUCAGUUCCAAUGGCUUUGGUGGGCCCCUUCCGUCCGAACUGGGGCUACUUUCUGAGUUGCAAGUUCUCUGGAUGGACCAGAACUCGUUCACAGGAAGCUUGCCGACCGAACUAAUGGCUUUGCCACAACUCAAAGAUAUCCUGCUUCAUGAGAACAGCAUUACUGGACCUCUUCCCACCGAGAUUUCUGGACUUGGCAACACUCUGGUGAAUCUGGAUUUGCGAUCCAAUCUUUUGGAGGGCCCGUUGCCAACCGAGCUUGGGACCUUGACCAACUUGAAUACGCUGGUGCUGCAUCAAAACAAGAUACUAGGAACCCUUCCAAGUGAAAUUGGCGGCAUAACAAGCUUGGAAAACUUGUAUGUUAGUUCCAACAGCCUUUCUUCAACUAUCCCAUCCAACAUUGGGAACUGUGGAAAUCUGCGGGUACUUUGGUUGAAUAUGAAUCAGCAAAUGACUGGAACGAUUCCAAGUGAAAUUGGAAGACUUGGUCGGUUGGAAGACCUGUACUUGUCUCGGAACGCUCUUCACGGCAGAAUCCCAUCGGAAGUGGGCAACAUGAGCAAUCUGAAAUUCUUGGCAUUGCAACACAACGUGGGCCUGGUAGGCAAUUUGCCUACCCAGAUGGCCUCCUUGACAACUCUUUCCAAAGUCACCCUGAGCCGAACUAGUUUGUCAGGUACCAUUCCACAGGAUGUUUGCUCGGCUCAUGAAGAGGCACUUGUCUUUGACUGCUCGAACUUGUUCUGUGGCUGCGGAGACUGUGACUGCCCCGCGAAGUGAGUCAAGUCAAACGGUCAGAUUAGCAAAACCACUCUGAACCAUUUAUUUACAUGUUGGCUACCAAUCGCAGAGUAUCAAAGUGCUGCGAUGCCCCUCCACACUAUGUGGUUCGCUGUCUUGAGAAAGCAGUGACUGUGAUGGAACGAUGGCUUUAGACGUACAUGUAGGCGACUUCAUAAUAUAUAUAGUAUAGCAUUCACGUAGAUCAGUGCUACUGUUGGAGGAAGUUGAUCAGAAGACGCAUCAGUGGUGAAAGCCGCCGUCAAACUACUGGUAGCACAUGGUGUACGCAGCAAGGCUCCUACAGCUUGGAACAAUACACAAAGUCUAGAU